AUGACUAGGAAGAGUAGAGAGGUGAGGUCCUCGUGGGGCUUUGAGUCCAGUUCCUCAACCAGAGAGCUACGCCGGGCUCACUACCAGGUGCUGAGGACCAUUAGUUCGGGGGGCCUUGGCACCGUCAAGUUGGCCAAGCACCUUCCCACGGACUCCCUGGUGGCCGUGAAAAUCCUGGACAAGAUCGACAGUGAGUUCUUUGCCUCGGAAGUGGACAUCCUAAAGUCUGUGGACCACCAGAAUAUCGUCAAAUUGUUUGAGGUGGUAGAGACACGGGGGUGGUUGUUCUUGGUGAUGGAGCACAUAGAUGGAGACCUAGAGGACCACCUGCAAAAGGUGGGCAGGAUGGAGGAGGAGGAGGCCAGACCAAUAUUUUGGCAGAUCUUGCGGGGGGUCAAUUACUGCCAUGACAAUGGCAUUGCUCACAGGGACCUCAAGGCAGAAAAUAUCCUGCUGGACAGCAGAGGCACAGCCAAGCUCUGUGACUUCGGGCUGAGUACACGGUUCCUGCCCGGGGAGCUGCUGAACAUGGAGUGUGGGACAAUGGCCUACUGGCCGCCUGAGAUGUUCAAGCACCAGGAAUACCAGGGCCCCAAGCUGGACGUCUGGUGCCUGGGUGUGCUCCUUUACUAUAUGGUGAUGGGCGUCCUCCCCUAUGACAUCAGGUCAUGGGCUGUGCUCAAAGAACAAGUGAUAGCCGGAAUAUUUAAAGUCCGGAAAAGUUUCUCCCCUGAGCUUCGAGGGCUUUUGGCACAUACGAUGAGGAUCAAUCCUGAUCUGAGACCAUCUGUUUGGCAAUUAAUGUGUUACCCCUGGUUCAGAAAAAUUGAGGAAAGCCCAGCAAGUCCCAGGCAAAAAGUUCAGGAGCAGCCAGACGCCACCAUUUUGCAUAUAAUGACCUCCUACCUGGGAUUUACCUCAGGGGAGGUGCGGGCAGCUCUGUCUUGUAGGACUUUCAAUGCUGCCAGGGCCACUUUCCAGAUUCUGCAGCAGCAGCAAAACCAGGGCCAAGACUUGACCAGUCUGGUGAGGCGCCCCCUUCCUGGGCCUCCACCUUGUCCCUCGCCUGUGCACCCAUCUUGUCGAAAUGUGCCCUUCAAGAGAGCCAGUGCUCCUGUGCGCCACCCUGCUGCUGGCCUGCCUGCUGAGCAGCAGGAGGAGGAGGGUGGCAAGAAGGACACCAGGUCUAUGUACCUCUGGAGCCCCAGCACAUCUGUAACAGGUGGGGAGACUGAGGGCAGCCAGCCUCCCCCUGCUCCAGCAGCAGCAGUAAUGACCCUCCCCAUGGACCAUUCCAUGGAACUGAUCUGCCCAGUCCCUGAGGAGGAGAAGCAUGUGAGCAGCAGGGCUGAUUCCCUCCCAGCCCGUAAGCAGCAGAAGCACAUGGGCAUCAGGACUGAGUCUCUCCCCCACGUCCGAUAUAAUACAUGGACAUGGAGCACAGAGGGGGAGAGGGAUAUCAGCUUGGCUGAUCCGGAAACCUCUGCUCAGUUGUGGAAGGACCCAGAGGAGACAGAGAGAAGUGAACUGGCCUCCAAACCCACUGCAGCAGAAACACCCACCAGGGAUACAGAGGCAGCGAUGGGGGGCAGCACCCCUCCUUCCUUGGAUCCUGCAGGUGCAGAAACUUCCACAAAUGGGAGAGGCAGGCCUUGGAAGAGGCUGAAGAAGUGUAUCAGUAAUUGGUUGAGAAAAAUGUGCUGCUGCUGUCUUCCUGGUUGA